GAGUCUGUUCGGGUCACUGUAGCAGCAUCCACCGCCAGAGAGAAUCAAAGGGACCGCGGGAAAGCGCGCUGGAACAUUGAUACAUGUAACAUUUGGGAAUGACUGCCUUUAUAUCACUAAAACUACCGGAGGCACUUAUUUAGACGUUUUAAUAUAUGUAUAUAGUCUGUUUUAAUUAAACGGUUUUAAUAUACAGUGGGGUUUUUUUACGAAACGUCAUUUGCGAUGGCUGACAGCAAACAUCAAGUGAUAUUUUGUAACGACUCGCCAAAAAGAGUUCUUGUCUCCGUGAUCAAGACAACUCCCAUUAAACCCAAAGCCGUGGACCCUCUCAUGCCCACCAGCCCAGGCUUCAGUGAUUUCAUGGUUUAUCCGUGGAGGUGGGGAGAAAACGCGCAUAAUGUCACUUUGAGCCCCGGAUCGGCCAGCGGAACUGCCUCACCCACCCGAAACAGCUCCGGUCCUGCCGAAACUGAUGUCAACGCCUGUCCGGAACACUUAAAAGAUGGUAUCCGGCGUGGACGUCCGCGGGCAGAUACUGUACGAGAACUGAUCAACGAGGGUGAAAACUCCACCAGUCGCAUUCGCUGCAACAUCUGCAACCGAGUCUUCCCUCGGGAGAAGUCGUUACAGGCGCACAAACGCACACACACAGGGGAAAGACCAUACCUGUGUGAUUAUCCAGACUGCGGGAAAGCCUUCGUCCAGAGCGGACAGUUAAAGACACAUCAGCGCCUUCACACUGGAGAGAAGCCCUUCGUCUGUUCUGAGAAAGGGUGCGGUAGCCGAUUUACUCAUGCCAACCGCCACUGCGCCAAACACCCGUAUGCCCGACUGAAGCGCGAGGAGCCCACGGGUGAAGCUGGCAAAUCGCAGGGAGCCGAUAACAAGGCUGUGGCUGAAUGGCUGGCAAAGUACUGGCAGACGAGAGAGCAACGCACACCUGCACCAGGUAAAGGAAAGACUUUGAGUAAAGAUGCUAUUGACCAGGAGCAGCAAGACCCUUUGGACUUCCUGCCGUCUGAUGAAGGUGAAGAGGAGGACGCAGAGGAUGAAAAGAGCAGCGCUGCGGGUGGGACAGCCCGCCGGCGUCUACAAGAACAGAGAGAACGUCUCCACGGCGCCCUCGCUCUCAUCGAGCUGGCCAACAACCUCUCCGCCUGAGAAAGUGUCGAGAAUAAUCUGCUCGAUUCUGUACAGAUCUAGUUUUACGGGAAGUUUUAAACAGCCCUGCUAAAAAAAAAAAGAGAGGUUUAAACCGGGCUAAGAUGGUCUGCUGGUUUAAGAGGGAUUUUGGCCACUCGAGCAAACCGACUUAGACUGGUUAAAUCUGGGUUUUUAUGUCUCAGCAGGGAGGUCGUUGACCGAAAGAUUUUUACACACAUUUACAACCCUCGCACUUCUAGCUAGUGCACUGCCCGGGAUGAUAUAAGCUACAAGCACCUUAUUUUGCUUCCUGUCGUACCUUUAGGCUGCUAUGAUGGUAGAUGAUAUCAUUAUAUGAAGAAUGUUGUUUGUUUUGUUUUCUCAGCUUAUCAUGGAUGUGAGAUGUGUUUUGUUUAUUUUGUUGUGCACUUUGUGUUAAUGAGUUUGUUGUUGUUGUUUUGGGUUUGUGGGUGGAGCCGUUUUGUAUGUGACAUUAAUUUCUGUACGUCAAAGCGUGAGUGUGUUGUGUGUUUUGAAACAGGGUGUGUUGACCGACUUGCUAAAGAUGAAGACUUGUAUACAGCAGAACAUAUUGAACAGGCAGGUGGCCCGCUUGCUUUCGUACGUUAUUGCAGCGUUAGUCUGGUUAAUUGACAUUUUCCAUCACUUUGGUCCACUGACAUUAAUCAUGUAUUUAUUAUAUUUAAACCAGUGAGAAUAGUUGCUUGGGUUCUGGCUUUGCAAUAACGUUGAUAAACUAACCAGCUUUAAACAUGCAGCACAUACUGCUCUAUCUAUUUCUCAUAAAGGUACACAUUUAUAUGCUAAGAGAUCUCAUGUUAAAGGGACAGUUCACCCAGAAAUGAAAAUUCUCAUCAUCCCAGAUGUAUAUGACUUUCUUUCUUCAGCUGAACACAAAUGAAAAUUUUUAGAAGAAUAUUUCAGCUCUGUAGGUCCAUACAAUGCAAGUGAACAUUGACCAGAACUUUGAAGCUCUAAAAAGCACAUAAAGGCAGCAUAAAAGUGACUGAUGUGGUUUUAUCCAUGUCUUCUGAAGCACUAGAUGUAAGGAAUAGAUCAAUAUUUAAAACUUUGUUUUUACUAAAAAUGUUCGCUUAACCAGUUCGUCGAUGAGGGUGGAGUUCAAACUGUCCGUCGCGUUACGUAAGCGCUUGAGCCUUCUCUGCAUAGAUAAUCAUAUGUAGAAACCUUACUAGCAGCUGUUCCUAUGAACCGCAAUACUGUUUCCACACAAAAGCAGUUAAUGCAGCGGUCUAAGGCAUCUCGUCUAUUCACUUGCAUUGGAGAAAACAAUUCAAACAGCUUUCCUUGUUGACCGUUCCAAGAUGGCGCCGCAGUUGACGUAUCCAAAGCAGCUGAAUGAGGCAUCUAUAUAUGAAUAUCUAUGCUCCUCUGUUGUAAACAACAGUGCAUAUAUUUUUGUUUGUCACACGUCAGUUCUCACGUGAAUUUGCCAACGCGCUUGUGUCACGAGAGGCUGCGUGAUCUCAACCCUCAUGAAUUUUUUUGUAAAAAAAAAAAAAGGAAAAAAAAAGUUUUAAAUAUUGAUCUAUUCCUUACACGCACCUAGCGUUUCACUUCAGAAAACAUUAAUCCACUGGAGUUGUAUGGAUCACUUUUAUGCUGCCUUUAUGUGCUUUUUGGAGCUUCAGCGUUCUAGUCACCAUUCACUUGCAUUGUAUGGACCUACAGAGCUGGAAUAUUCUUCUAAAAAUCUUCAUUUGUCUUCUGCAGAAGAAAGAAAGUCAUACACAUCUGGGAUGGCAUGAGGACAAGUAAAUCAUGAGAUAAAAUCAUUUUUGGGUGAACUGUCCCUUUAAUGGGUAAGCCCUAUAAAAUGAAGCACUUACAAUAUUAAUCUGUUCAUGUUCUAUUAACGUCUCGCUUCAAUAGUUCUACUUUAGAACGCUCAAGAAAGGUGAUAUCAGCUUCCAAAGAGUGAUGAUGGAAUGAGAUUAUAGAUCAAACAGCACGUUUAUUUAGUCAAACUAGUUCUGCUUGUUGAUGCUUUUAAUGAUUCUUCAUGAUCUGCAACACUACAUUCUGUUCAAGUGCUUCACUGUCGUUCAUUUGUGAAAUUUGUUGUUAAAUGUCAUUUAAUCUGGCGACCAUGCAAAAACUGGAAAAUAUUUUAGUUUUAUUGUUCCAUUUAAAAUUCAAGUAAUAUAUUCCACAAAAAGUCUUCAGAAAGUCGUGCUUUUAGAAACAAAAGGAUUCCAUGUGUUGACAUUUCAAUGUAAAGAUUACGACAACCGAAUGUAAUCAUGUUUUGAUUUUUUUUUUAUACGUGUUCUUGUUUGUUGGGCUGGAAGGACUUUGCUUUUUCCUCAUCGGCCACACUUAGUUUUAGCACUUCGAGUCUUCAAUAAAUGAUAUA